CAUGGUGCAGACUUUCUUUCGGGUCAUCAGGUAGACAGCGGCCUCCAGUGGCCGGAGGUGUUACUGCAUCGGGGAGGAUUUCACUUCUGGAUGUGUCAGAGAGUCAGGGCGAGUCUUGACUGCAGACGUCGUCGUAACAGCCAGGAGGAGCAUCACUAUGGCAGCAAAUAUUUCCCCAUAACGACUGUUUACUGGCAGACCACCCCCCCACAAGUGUCCUAAAACGGAUUCCUCUUCUACUUGACGUCGCUUUGUCUCUUGAGUUCAUCCUCAGCUCUGACGUGAGUCCGCCAUGGCUGGGAAGGAGCGCAGCCCCCGCCAUCGGCCGUGGUCAGUCUACCGGGCCAACACCUUUGAUCUUUCAGCUGAGAUGAUGGGACUCGCUCUUUCAGGCAACAGUCAGGAUCCAGAUGAGCCGGUGCUGGAGUUCAGUGUGGCCUGCAGUGAGCUGGUCACUCCCUCACUGGACCGGAAGCCAACCAGCUUUGUGGCGGUGAGCUGUACCACACCACCCCAGGCUUUCUGGACUAAGCAUGCUCAGACUGAAAUCAUCGAGGGCACUAGUAAUCCUAUCUUCCUGAGCAGUAUAGCAUUUUUCUCAGACUCUCUCAUCACCCAGCAGACUCAGAUCAAGCUCUCUGUCUAUGAUGUAAAGGACCGCUCACAGGGCACGAUGUACAUGCUGGGUUCAUCCAUGUUUUGUGUGAAGGAGCUCCUGCAGGACAAACACCACAGACUGCACCUGAUUCUAAGAUCAGCUGAGAACGAGCGAGUGGGAAACAUCACCGUCAUCGCCUGGCAAGUGGAGGAGAAGCGUGAGCAGAGGACACCGGUGGCAAGAUUACAGAGAGGAGACACGGUUAAUGGAAGGAUGGUUCUUCCUGUUGACGAGAGUCUAACCGGAUCUGCGAGCAUUAAAUCCAAGUCUUCAUCUUUAUUUAAAGACCCGAUGCUGAAGACAGUGUUUGGAGGCGUCAUGUCCCGGACGUACCGGUUUCCCACCACAGACGGGAAUCACCUGCGGAUCUUGGAGCAGAUGGCAGAGAGUGUGCUGUCGCUGCAAAUCCCCCGACAGUUUGUCAAGCUGCUGCUGGAAGAAGAUGCUGUCAGGGUGUGUGAACUGGAGGAGCUGGGUGAGCUGUCUCCAUGCUGGGAGAACCUCAGAAGGCAGAUCAUCACACAGUAUCAGACCAUAAUCCUCACGUACCAGGAUACCAUCACUGACCUGCACGAAUACAAAGGACCUUCAUUUAAGUCCAGCACCCUAAAAGCAGAGAAAAAGCUGGAAUUCAUCCCCACAAACCUGCACAUCCAGAGGAUGAGAGUUCAGGGAGAGUCUGGUUACGACUGGACGUACGACGUUGUGACCAUUGGUGCCCCUGCGGCCCAUCACCAAGGCUUCAAAGGCUGCGGCCUCCGGAAGCUGCUGCAGAAGCUGGAAGAAGCCAGGAAACAACACUAUGAGGAGGAGAGCUCUGCCCGAUCUAAAGGACUGACCUAUCAGCAUCAGGAUGUCUUGAAGGCAAAGGAGCUGAUUGGCCAGAUAAACACGCUGAAGACCCAAGUGUGUUACUACACGGAGCGUCUGUCCCGCUCUGCCAAAGAGCGCUCAGCUAACGCCACAGAGAGAACUUUGGCCAUUUUGACAGAGAAGACCCGUCAGCUCGUCACUGUUUGCGACUCCAAGCUGCUGUCCUCAGCCAUCCUCGCCCUGGCAGCCGCUCGGCCAGAGAACUCUCAGCGCAGCACUCCAUCACCAUCCUCCUCUUCAUCCCUUUCACUUUCCUCCCACUCGCCGUCCCGCUCCCCGUCUCAUCUGCCCUCCUCCCCUUCUCGUGCUGCCGCUACAUCCUCCCGACACACAACUGGUUCCGAGGGCGGUGAAGCGACUAAAAACAAGCGGGCCUCCCUGCAGGCGGACCCACACGAGGAGGAGUGGGACAAGGUUUGGCUGAAUGUGGACAAAAGCUUGGAGUGUGUGAUCCAGAAAGUGGAUCAGCUGCUGCAGAGAGACAAGCUGCAGAGUGACAGCAGCUCUGAGGAUGUUUUCCUGAUAGCCAACGAGGAGCCAAGUAACACCAAGAAAGAGAGCAGCCCGGAGUUUGAGAAGAAAUCUCCAGGUGAAUGGAGCGAUGCCCUGUAUCCUCUCCUCACAACUCUGACAGACUGCGUGUCGCUAAUGAGCGACAAAGCCAAGAAAGCCAUGGUGUUCCUGCUGAUGCAGGACAGCGCGCCGACCAUCGCCAUGAGCAUCACCAUGCAGUACCGCCGCGACGUGGUCUUCUGCCAGACGCUGACGGCUCUGAUCUGUGGCUUCACUCUCAAGCUGAGGAACUGUCUUUGUGACUCGGGCUUCCUCAGGCAGCUGUCCACCAUCGGCCUCCUGGUCCAGUAUGAAAGCCUGCUUAGCACCUACGGAGAGGAGCUGGCCAUGCUGGAGGACAUGAGUGUCGGAGUGAUGGACCUGAAAAAAGUCACCUUCAAGGUCACCCAGGCAACGACAGGUUUCAGUCCGGACAUGCUCCCGGUGAUCACGGGGAACAGGAACGGGUUUAACGUGAGGGUUCCCACGCCGGCGGCAGUGUUUGACACUCUGCCUCGGGAGAUCCAGAACGGGAUGCUGCUUCGAGUGCAGCCGGUUCUGUUCAACGUGGGGAUCAACGAACAGCAGACGCUGGCUGAGAAGUUUGGAGACACGUCACUGCAGGACGUCAUCAACAUGGAAAGCCUGACCCGCCUCAGCUCGUACUAUGAUCAGUUCAAGGAAGUCCUUCCAGAAGACUGCCUCCCUCGAUCCCACAGCACCACCAGCCUGCCGGAGCUGCUCAGACUGGUGGGUCAGAACGUCAGCGCUAAGAAAAGCAAGAACGUGGAGAUCCUGUGGCUAGCAGCCGAGGCUUGCCGGCGCCUGAACGGAGUGCGUUUCACCAGCUGUAAGAGCGCCAAGGACCGCACGGCCAUGUCUGUUACGCUGGAGCAGUGUCAGAUCCUGCAGCAGGAGCACGCCCUGGCCCCCCAAGUUUUCUACCAGGCCCUGGACUGCAUGCGCAGCGAGGGCUGCAGGAGAGAGAAUACCAUGAAGAAUGUGGGAUGCCGUAAAUACGCCUUUAACUCCCUCCAACUCAAGGCCUUCCCCAAACAAUACCGCCCCCCAGAGGGGACUUAUGGGAAAGUUGAGACCUAAGUGGACAUGUUCGUGUCAGAAACCCAAAGACUUCACAGUGAGGGAAAAAGAUCACACAACAUAAACUGGAACAGUAGCCCUUUUUUUUUGUUUAGUCCAAUGGUUAAUGUCUAAAAGUGCCAUCGCUACUGUAGAUGCCCCCCCCCCCCCCCCCCCCCCCCCCAGUAGAACUAGAAUCAAACACUUUCACAUCCACUUCACAAGCAGGACACGGCUUAACCCCACACUGCAGUGGUCAUGGCGGUUGUAGCAUUGAGAACCACUUCUCCUCUUAUUUAUUUUCACUGGUUAAUUUAAAGAAAUGUGUAGAGAUUUGUUUAAGUCAAAUUUUGUUUUCUGCUUUAGUUCUGGUAAAAGCAGAUUCUGUUUUUGUGUCAACAAGCUUAAUGCAGUAAAAACAUGAAAGCCUUACAUUCCACUCUUUGAUUUGUGCCACAGAGCUUUGACAGCUACUCUGCAUCUUAAGCAUCAUCACCAGCUGUAAAUGUCUUUUACUCUGAACAGUUAAGUGAAACAGAAAUGUUCCGUCAGUGGUGCGUUUUACCAAUAUUAUUCAUUUUUCAAAGCUUUCACAUAUUUUUUUUUUAUCUUUACGCGUUAAACAGUCUUUAAAUGAGCAAAAAACAUCAUUUUGAGUUUGCCUUCUGCAGACUCUUACAUUACAGUUAAUAUAAAGCUUUUUGGAGCUCUCCUCCAACCUUUUUCUUCUGUAAAAAGAUCAUUAGCCUAUUUAUUUGUCAAUGUUCCUCUUUUGAGGUCUGUUCACUCAUUUUAGUGAAGUUCAUACUGAUUCUACCCUCCAAGACUUGGUGUUGUACAUUUUAUGUGUUCAAAAUCAUAGUCAUUUGGAAUCAUGGUUUUGUAUUACAGUUUUCUUAAAUUUGUUUGUGUAAAAAUUCCUCUUAAAUCUGCUUGGAACCAAAGCAGAAACCUAAAAAUCUAGGUCUUAUUCUUCUAUAAGUGAACUGUAGUUGUUCAGCGACAGUUUGCAUGUUGACAGACCUUCCAACCAAUCUUCAAGUCCACACCAAGUAGAAAAAUGUCUAACCCAAAGCGAGAUCAAAAUAAAAAGCGGGAACAUUUCUUCUCAGUAAAAGUAUUCCAGAGUGGGGGUGCAGAUAUUUAAAGUAUAGUCAGUUUUCUAGAAGCACAAACUGCUUUCAUUCCUCAAGUAUUUUUUGUUUUGUGCUCAUUUCAUGAACCAGCACAGACUGUUGUUACUUCACAGUUAGUGGAGUCGGUCCAGUCGCAGAUAAAUCCUACAUUUUGUGGUACAAGCACCAAAUGUGCCAUUAUGUCACACUAACACUAUCUACAUUUUUUAUGUAUGAAAGUUCGGUCUUUUAUGAUACAUGCAUAAUAUAUGUAAUUCGCAAGUGUUUCUUGUGUUCGUCAUUUGUUGAUGUGGGCAGAUGUCUGAUGAAGGUUUCGUCCAAUGGGUCUUUACGAGAAUUCAGUUUUGAGCUGCUCAAAAUUUUUGGUUGAGAAUUACGACGUUAAUUAUACAUAAUUAAUGUAGUUUUUCCAUCUAUAACGGAAUACACGCAUGUACCACCAAUGUAUAACUUUUACAUCGCGUAUGAAACGCACAUAUCACGUUAAAUGAAUGUAAUUAACGCAUGAAGCCCUAAUGAAUUGCAUGUAAACAGCGCAGUAAUUACCUAUGGUUCAAGUUCUACAUUGAUUGACAUGUUCUUUGCAUGGUUUAUUCGUACGUUUUCCAUGGUUUUAUCGUGGUUCAUUUGUGAUACAAAAGAUUCACGUAAAGACCACAACUUUUCUCAUUUUUUCCACAUAUGACCAAUUUUCUUUUGUGGUAUAAUUGCGCAUAUUGCACGGCUGUGUGACACUGCCUUGAGGAUCCCCUCUUUCAACAAAGCAUGUUUGCCAUGAGAAAAAUCCCAAAUGGCUGUUAUUAUUAAAGAUGUCGACCAUAAACUCAGUUGUUACAAACAUAUUUGAUCUCUUUUUACCUCAGUCUCAGCAAUACAUAGGCUGUUGGGGCACAAAAUACAGUCUUUUAACUUAAAGGAUUUCUACAGAAUACUAUUAUACAUAUAAUAUACUUUAAACUCUUUAAUUUAAUUGGGGCAAACGUGCUUUUCUGAAACUGGGGUUAGUCAGUUAUAAUCAUUCCAAAUUUGGUGCUUGUCCCACAAAAUGCACAAUUAUUUUAAGAACCAGCUCCUCUAAGUGUUUUCAGGUGGUUUGGUCCACUCCCUGGAGUUCAAUGUCAAAGCCAACCAAACCAAAUGAAGGUUUUCUUUCUUUUCUUUUUUCUUUGCACUUCCUUAGCAAAAAAUAAUCAGUUUAAGUGUACUACAAGUAUACUUAAGGCUGAAUCCACAUUCUUCCCCUAACCCUCCGGCUUCUCCUUACCCCUCCAAUUGUAGGGACAUAUGAAGGGGUAGGGUUGUCCGAAAUAGUUUUUUUAAGGGCUAACCCUAGGCCUCGCCAUCCCUUCGCCGCGAGAGUGUUUCGCCUCUAUAGUUUGCAUUUAAAUGCAAUUAAUGACUUUGAUUUAGCAUUACCUAUCUAAAGAUAUAAAACUGAUGUUAUGUAUUUCCGAGCGCCAGCAGCUCCGCGCUAACGUAGCUGACCCGUGACUAUUGAUGAUGUCAUCGAGUGGGAGUAAUGUCCUAAUUCUAAGGUUGUGUCUGAAUUCCCACUCUAACCCCUAACUACUAAAAAACUCUAUAGUGCAGCACUUGUGUGAAUUUUGAAACCAAUUCGGACACCAUACUCACUACUUUUUUUGUCUUUUUUUUAAUGGUGGAUAUGACGUCAUCAAUUUCACAAAGUUAAAAUUUAAUUAAAAUGAGAGUUUUGCGACUAUUAUUUAUGAGUCCACUGUCUUCUGAGGAUAAAAGAAUUCAGAUUCAGCCUUAGUCUGUACUAAACGUGAAGCAGUAUACUUUAAGCUUAUUUAUACAGUCUAUAUAUUUUAAACUUAACUUGUUCCCCUUUUGUCUGAAGAAGUAUUUAAUUAGUAUACUUCCUACACUACACAUACACGUUAUACUUUCUACACUUAUACCCAAGUAAACUUCAUAAAAUAAAUGUAAAGGUCAGGUGAGAAAGCUCCUAAGCCUCACACAUCUGGGCCAGAAGUGAGCAAGGGCACUACACUGUUGGUUACUUAUAUAGCCCAUGAUUACAAAAUCAGAUUCAUUUGACCUUAUCUGAAACAAAGAAUAAAUAUCUGUAAAUGACCUUUA